CAGUUUGACAAAUGUCAUCCUAGCAUUUCAAUUAUGACCAAUACGUUUUCGCCCAUAGUACAUACUGCGCGGGAAGUUUGAAUGGCUUGUACAAAAUUCAUAAAUAGCAGUUGAAUAUAAUUUUUAUUUCAAAUUUUCUUUUUUCUAGUAAGCUCAUCAAAAUUUUUCGAUCUGGUUCUGCAUCAACAGAUGUUCCCUUUCUACUCUUUUGCGGCACUUCAACCUUCAAUGUUGUAGUAUGCCGCAGCAGAAUAGUUCAGUGGUACGGUUCAAAUGAGAUUUGAUACCGGUGCUGUCGUGUGAAAAUAUUCAAGUUUCUGCGAUGCCUCAAAUUAGUGCUAACAAUUGCACUCCAAAAUGCUUAGCAACAGCAUGGGUGUUAAAUCUAAUCCCAAGAUAUGGUAACUGGUUUAUACUGUUAUGAUUGGUACAUAGCUAUUUCGAUUCGGAAGUGUAUACUGAUAAUAGAUUCGAAAUUAUCACCCAAUUUCAGCUGGUUAUUCGAAGCAUAUUAUCAAGAACGAUGAAACCUUCCGGAUGGUACAAUGUACGCUGAAAUUGGUGAUGGUGAAUGAAAACAACAGGCGCCAUAAAAGUGAGUCAACAUUUUCAUUGAUACCACGCAGUUAGUCAGUGUUUAAUGACUUCCUGUGACAUACAGAUUAGCUUGAAAAAAUUUCGAUCGCCUAUUUUUAAGUUGUUAGAAAGUAGUAUACAUCGAUGAUAAUUAAUAAUUUUGCAUUAAAUACGGAUCUUUAGUAUUCAAUUUAAUCAUUGAGAUAAUUCAAUUGCUAUACAGCUGAACAGAAAUAUUAUAAUUAUUGCAUUUUAGUCAAAGUUCAGGUUAUGAAAUAAAAAAAAGGUAAAUUAUAAGACUAAAGAAUUGAGAAUUAUCCGUAUCGACUAUGCGACUAAAGCCGUAAUCAUGUAUAUAAAUAAAUAAAAAACUAUACUUCAUGAUCUCAAUUCUCAUUAAAGAAUUUAAUUAAACUUAACUUGCAGUACCAAAAGGUUGGCUCAAAUACAAAGUGGUAGGUCCUAUAGGAAAGACACAGAUUUCAGUUUGUUAGUAUUCAUUAACGUCUUACUAAGUUAUGGUGAUUCAUUUUCUCCAACAAACGCAAGUAGCAUGUUAAAACACAUGGAACGACAUAGUUUAAAUACUUUCACUGCCUUCCGCUUCCUUCUGCUUUCCAUUAGCAUAUGCAUUAACGUAAAUCAUUAUUGCCAAUAAUCCAUCUGUGCAUGGCUCUUCUCCAACAAAGCCACAUAGUGCAAACCUUUGCAUCAGCCCAUCAGAAGAUUCAACGCGCCAGGAUGCCAGGAGUUUCGCAUGUUGUCGUAACUGUACAAGAACAAUUAACGUUCCAGCUGGCUGACGGGAGUAGUUUCGUGUAUACGCUUCCCACUAACGAUGGCACUGGCACGAUCAGCCCGAAGAAAGUUUAGGUAGGAUUAUUCAAUUAUUAAAAUGACAUUCUCCAUCCCGCUCGUCCUUUUAUGGAACGGUUGCCGUAACCCGCAUUACGUCGUUAAGUUUGCAUGUGACCUAGAGCAGCUAGAGCAUUACUCCUGCUCCGAUUUGUCGGGUGUAAGAACAAUUGAGCUUCCCGACCGGUGUUGUCUCCGGACGGUGAAAGUUUUUUUUCGCCCAGCUUGAAAUAGCUGCCCUUACUGUCGGGGACAACGUGCCUGCAAUGUCACCAUUGUUCUGGGCACCGCACGGACACGUACGUACGAACUUAAAGUUUGAAUGUUUAAUUCACUCCCGUGCGCCAAGUUUCGCCUGCAAGCCGUUACGAGUGCUGGUCCAUUAUGAACAUUGCUACGGAUAGCAAACGGUUAGCAGAUGCUCGAUGUCGAUGCAGAUGCAGCACGGUGGCGUAAAUAAAAUUUAACUGUGAAUGAUUUGUUUUCCCUUUCUCGCGACUGCAUCAUGCAAUUGGUGGUGGAUAAUAAUGUCUGAGAAAAGAAGCAAAUUCACGAUUGGUUAUCAAAUAAAUGAUAUCAAAUCGUACUACAAGUGAGGACUUGCUUGUUGAGAAGUGAUAGAAUUAUGUUGAACAAAAUCGAUAAGAUUAAUGAAAAAGCACGGAUUACAUUACGAUGCAACUUUUGUCCCAUGAGUUGGGGUGAGUGAUAAACGGGCCGGGGUUUUGGGAACGAUCGAACGAGGUGUAUAUAUAUGUGCUCAAUCGACCACAAUUCAUUCAGUAAUCGUCAAGAAGUCGAAAUCGAAUUUAAUAUUAGGCAAUUUACCCGCCAGACGCAAUGAGCACUAGAACACUGUUGCUUCUUUCGUUCGUAGCCAUGACGGGGCUGACAGUUUUCGGUGACCCUUUUGCAGUGUCCAAUCUUUGUGUUGGUGUGCCUGAUGGUUAUUUUGUACGAGAUCUCUACGAUUGUCAAGCCUAUCACUACUGUUUUAACGGUACCGCAACGCCGAAUAAGUGUCCCAACGAUUUCUACUACAACGAGCUGAAGCAGCUGUGUGAUCAUCAAGACAAAGUGUUGUGCCACAAUUGUACGGAGAAGACAGGUGUACAGAUAUUACCGCAUCCUCAAAAUUGCAACCAAUUCAUCAUUUGCUCCAAUGGCACAUCUUUCAUCAGCCAGUGUGAGGAGGGGUAUGGGUUUGAUCGACGUACCCAGGUUUGCAAUCCGUUGAAGCGCGUCAAUUGCGAACAGCAGCAGUGCCCGGAUAAGGAUGAUCCGAAUGAGGUCGUGUUUCUACCGGGUGUGGAGCGCUGUGAUGAGUACUUUAUCUGCCGUGGAGGAUCACCCGUACAAGCAUUUUGUGCACCGGGACUUUACUGGGACGCGAACAACAAACGGUGUGAUUUGAAGGACAGCGUCAAGUGCCCUUUGAAUUGAAUCAUGUAAAUAACUAUAAGCUUCUUACUAGAAAUACUAGAAUAAACUAGAAAAAUAUUUAUUAAAUUGUUGUUUCCUAUCUUUCUUUAAAUCUUUAGAUAUGCUUUGGAAACAUUUUGGCGUGAGUAGUAAAAUAAAUUCAAAUCAAUAAAUGUGCCACUAUUUCGUUAAACGAUGACAGAUAGAUAAAACGAGUCUUUCUCACUUUAGGCCCAAUUAUGAAUAGUCAAUAUUGUCCACUGAGGAUUUUACAGAAAUUCCUUUCUUGGAAAUAUGAGCUGAAUUAGAAUUCUGAUAUUCCAAUUUUUGUUGUUUGUUACUGAACAUUCUGCCGGUUGUGCUGAAUACUUACCCGUUUAUAUGCAGAGAAAAUCUUGCUUGAUUGACCAAGAGGAUAUAUUUCCUAUGCUUUUUAAUCUGAUAUUUCGUGUACGAUGAGUAGAGUACGAAAAACCUGUUUGUCAGCAGUGUCUGUAUGGCUUGCAACUGUAGGUAUGCAAGGACUUAGAGCCCUGCGAAAAGCAACUCCUACCUCAAUGAUUCUUAAAUAUACACAGGUGAUAUAGCUAUAACCACUCUCCUGGAUUCUCCCUUCAUAAAGAAAUAACAUAUCAAUUAAUCAAGAAUUUAAUUUUAGAAUCAUGAUUAAUCAAAUAUUUAUUUCGCUUGCCCGGUGGUGUAUGUCAUGUGAUAAGUCUUACAAAUUGAUGUAAGGAAGAUAAAAAUGAUUGAUAUCUUCAAAGCUUCUAAAUUUGAUUCAAUCAUGUUAAAUUGUUGGAAAGCGGAUAGUUUACAGUCGCCAAAGAUUCCAAAAAUGUCAGGAAAGCGCCAUCGAUAAGCUGGAAUUUCGGGCAUAAUGCAAUAAAAAAGAAUUUACUUAUCAAUCGUUAUUUUUAAACCAAUAAAUUGAUUGCUUUAUAUGGCGUUUACAGCAUGCCAUGUUAUUUUUGCUCGGUAGUGGGUAAUAUUCCUCAAAUAUACUCGAAAACAACAGGUGUUCCGGUUGUUUUAUUGGUUUGAAAUGGUUCGUGCCACUUUUGGAAUGAUUUUUUUUUCUAUUGAACCUGCUUAUCAGGCCUUUAGUAUGACUGGUGCACGGGUGAUUACAAAGCAAUUUCGCGAGGAAUUAGGGUCAACACAGAUAGUUCGCACAAGAGGCUGAUGUAGCGAAGGUCAACUAAAUGGAUAAAAAUGUGUACCGCCUAGUUGUCGGUACACUGUCGGUACUGGGGAAUAGAUAAAAACAAUAGAAAAGGAAUUUCCAUGUUAAAUAAACAACAACCAACUCAUCGUUCAUCUGC